AUAUUUUCUUCAAAACCCUAGUAUUGCCCGGCCUUACCCGUGUCAAGUGCUUUAAAUAUUAUUUAUAACUAUCAACUCCUGAGGGAAAUUAAAAGCUACCCGUAGUAUCUUGGCUACCAAGUCUACCAUUCGAUUGAACCCAAAAUUAUUUUCAAGUAUCUUAGCUCAAAAAUAUUUCGGGCAUUCCGAGCUCAAAUUCAUAUCACAGGAUUCACUUGAUAUGUAGAUGCCUGACAGACGCAAGUGCUUCAAUUAAUUGGAGUGUUUUCUAUAUAAUGUUAAUUGGCAGAGCAGAGCAAUUGCUCUCUCAGCGCGUGCGCAGAACGUUUGGAUAAAAGAGGCUUUGCUUAGCAGUAUCCCAGGCGGCCAGCAAGGACCAGCCGACAGUUGAGUGUGAGUCGCCCUUUGGAGCAGACGACAAGGUGCUCAGGCAGGCAGACCAACCGAAAGUGCAGUAACCAAUAAACCUAGUUUCACCAGCCCAUCGACAGUCCUUAACAUGUUGGCGCUGUAAGCCGGGCAGGAGAAGAAGGAUCCGCAGACUCCACUCAAAAUGCACAUCCGUUUGCCAUCCGGACGACGCCUACAUACGUACCUGAAAAUAGGCACUUUUGUCUUGGUGGGCAUCUUCUAUUUUGCCUUCCUGUUCCGGGAAUCGCUAAACGCAUUCGAGCAUCGGGAACGUACCACGACCUCCGGCUUUGAGGCGGCAGAAUACGCUGAACCGUCGAAGCUAAAGCUCAAGCAACUGCAUCGCCAACGCGUUAAGCAACGCAUACGACCAAGUGUGGCGAAUGGCAGCUCUGCAGUGGCUAGCGAUAUAUCGGCCGGUUCAACGAGCACAUUGAAUCCGGCUUACGAGUAUUCGGAGGAGCUGCACAGCCGCACCGAACGGGACUUAAAGCUGCGCCGCGAGCAUUUGGCGACCGUGUGCGGGCGAUACAAGCUGCACGAUAAGUAUCCGCCAAAUCCCUGGGAGUUCUUCAUAUCGCCCGGCCACAACAAUCUCGUGUGGUGCAAUGUCUUCAAGGCGGCCAGCAGCACCUGGUUGUACUACUUCAACAUACUGGCUGGCUACGAUCUAAAGUAUCUGCAGCGAACGGAAGUGCAGCCGCUGGAACUAGCCCGACAGCGCUUCCCUCGACCGGGACUGGCAGAGCUGCUGGAACUAUUGCCCAGCGCAUUGUCCUUUCUGUUUGUGCGCGAUCCGUUCGAGCGGAUUCUGAGCGCAUAUCGCAACAAGCUGGAGGGCAAUCGCAACAGUUUCUACAAGGCGCUGGGCACCAAGGUCGUCCAACGUUUUCGCCGCCGCAGCGCAAGCGGAACGUUUCCCCGCUGUGGUCCCACCUUCGAGGAGUUCGUGCGCUUUCUCAUCCAGGAGCACGCGACGGGCAAUCGGUUUGACGAGCACUGGGCGCCUGUGUACAGCUUCUGCACACCUUGCAGCGUUAAUUUCAGCAUCAUUGGCAAAACGGAGACAUUCCAGCGCGACUCGGAGUUCAUCAUAAGGCAGGCGGGCCUCGAGUCCCUGCUGCUGGGCAAGCUGCCGCGACGCAAGCUGCGCAAAAUCGCGAAUCGCGCUCGCAACGGCGUCAAAUCCGAGGAGCUGGUGGAGCGCUAUUUUGCCGAUCUCGAUCGGUCCACAUUGGACCAAUUGCUCAAGAUUUAUCGCAUUGAUUUCGAGCUAUUCGACUAUGACUAUCUCAAAUACUACAAUAUGGUGCAUUCCUGGAGCACGGAUCAAAGUACAACCGCAACGACAGCCAUUGGAAAUGCAGGAAGAAGAACCGCAAAUGCAACCUCAGCGCCAAGAUCGAUUAUCGCUGGACCAGACUGAACAAGCUAGCUGAAAACAAUCUUGAAACUGGAAAAGAAGAUCACAACAAAAAGACAACAAAUGAAACCCAACCGAAUGAUGAAACUACAAAAUUAACUUAAUCGAACAAUGUGUUUGGCCAAAUCAAAGUUUUCCAAAUGUCGCACAGUAUGUUCACAAAAUCUUACACUGGGAUGCCAAUGACUUAUUUUUAUGCAUUUUUUGAGGCAGUCGUUCAAAUCCUAAACUUACAACUAUACAGUUCCACUGGCACGCCCCCUUUUUAGGGACAAUCCUCAGCGUAGUUCUCUCAGUUGCAUUACUAUUAUUUUCCUAACACACACACACACACACACACACACACCACCUACCUUAAAAACGAACAAUUUUAAGUAUAAAAAAAAACCAUAUACAUAUAUAAUAUAUAUAUAUAGAUAUUUACAAUAAACAUAUUUACACCCUCGACGCAUUCUCUAUGAACUCUAGGAAAGAUUUGCACAAAAAAAAAAAAAAAAAAAAAAAAAUGCACAGCUGCAUUUUACGUACAGUUCAGGUCUUCAUCAAUGUUUUUACCUUUUGUGAACCGAAUGGGAUGGGCUUUUUUCCUAUUCUAUCGCAAAUCGCAAGUUAAAGGGGCUACAGAGAAGGCGAAGAUCGUUAGCGAAAACAAAUCUGCAAAUAUUUACAGAAAUCUGAUGUAAACUAUUCAUGUGAUGUUUAAACUUAACGUAUACACAACAUAUAUGUACAUAUAUAUAGUGACAUAUCCAUAGUCGCACCCACCCUUUAACAU